AGUCAGCUAGAGAAGCUGAAGAGCAGUCGAUCUGCWGCGGUGUGUGAUGAAACACAGCUCUCCUGAAGUGUAGGGCUCACCUUCCUUGCCUAUUAUUAUUAUUUUAAAUUAAAACAGCCCACAUAUAAUUUAUCCUCGGGUGUAUUUACUAAGCGUGACAGAUUAGAGGAAAGCCAAAGAGCGAGGAUGUUGGUCCCCGCAGGAAGAUAAUGAAGAGGCUGCGCGUGUUUUUGCUGUGCCUCACUGUAGCUGUCCUGUUCUGGUAUCCCAGUCAACAUGUGUUUUGUUCGGAGCAGAGCUGGUCUGGAUCAGGUCUAUGUGCCCAGGACAAAGACCCAGACAGCCCCGAGGAGCAGGACUCCACACAGAACCAGGAGACUGACGAGUGGACGACACAAACGUCGUAUGAAAUGGGAUUAGAGACGGAGAGAGCAGCACAAGAAACGCUAGAAGACCUAAAUCAUCAACAAACUGUGAAUCUGCCAGAAGAGGUGAAGGAGACUAAAGCAGACCCAGAACUGGACGUUAUACCUGCUGUUCCUAAGCCUGCACCCAGCCCAGAGUCCCAGGCUGACUCAGACCUACAGACCCACACACAAGACCAGGACCAGGAAGCUCCAGCCUCCCUGCCUUCAGAAACAGAGCCAGGCCUGCCCCAAGCAGAGACUCCUAAUGAUGAGCCUGCUGGACACCCCAGCCUGGAGUCCAGCUCCCUGACACCCCCAGAUGAAGCUGAAAGCCUACCUACCUCACAUAUGGCUGGCCCCGCCCACACAGGUGAAGAUGAGCAGCUUUCAAGUCAGAGCCAAAGUUCUGAUGUGGACACAGAGAUUCAGUCCAGUCCAGAAGAGACGGACUUGAAGCAGCAGAGAGAGCAGGAGCAGGAGGGCAACACCACCCUCCACCAUCAGGACAAGCUGCAGGCUGAGGUCAAAGAAGCUGAUCCUUCAGUAUCCAGUAAAGAUGACUUCCACACCUUUGAUGAGUGGAGGAAGCAAGUUAUGGAGAAAAGUCAGACUCUCCACACCUCCAGUAGUGGCAGCCCCCACCCACUGAAGAAGGUCCAGAAAAACUUCAAGAAUAAUUAUGCUUCUGUGGAGUGUGGUGCCAAGGUCCUGUCUGCCAACAACGAGGCCAAGAGUACUUCAGCUAUUCUUAUGGAAAAUAUGGAUCUUUACAUGUUAAAUCCUUGCAGUAACAAAGUCUGGUUCGUCAUUGAGCUCUGUGAGCCCAUACAAGUCAAACAGCUGGACAUUGCCAACUUUGAGCUUUUCUCCUCGACACCUAAAGACUUUUUGGUUUCUAUAAGUGACAGAUAUCCCACCAACAAGUGGCUAAAGCUGGGUACUUUUCAUGCCCGGGAUGAGCGGAUAGUCCAGAGUUUUCCUCUGGAUGAACAGCUUUAUGCUAAAUAUGUGAAGAUGUUCAUCAAGUACAUAAAGGUUGAACUCCUGUCCCACUUUGGGUCUGAACACUUCUGUCCCCUCAGUCUCUUCAGGGUGUUUGGUACCAGCAUGGUGGAGGAGUAUGAGGAGAUCGCAGAUUCCCAGUAUCCCUCUGAGAGACUGGAAUAUCUGGAUGAAGAUUAUGGUACGAUGCUGCUCUGCUCUCUGAGAGAAUUUAAGCUGCUUUGUUUUGUAAACAUUACACGUGACUCAAAUCUUAAACUACAAAAAGCAAGAUGUUUCUUUCCUUCAGAUGCCAUCCUGAACAUGGUGAACAACAUCGCUGCCAACGUGCUCGGUGGCAAGCCUGGACUGGAAGAAGAAUCAGAAACCAGAGGUAACACAACAGCAGAGGAGAGUGAAAAGGAGAGCCCAGACGUUAAAGCAGAAGCUGAGAAAAGCCCUCCAGAUGCAGCAGAAUCUGAGCCAGAGAAGUCUGCAGAGUCCUCUGUCUCUGGAGACUCURCCCUCCCACUGCCUGAGUCCUGUGAGGACAAACAGAUCGUGACGCUUGUAGAGGAGGAGGAGGACGAAGACCUCAGCCAGUCUACUGUCAUUCUGCUGGAGGAGGGAGAGGAGGAUGAGGAGGAGAAAGUGAGGAAGGAGGCUGACAGGAACCAGUGGGUCAGUCAGACCUCCUGUCCCUUCUCGUCCCUCACCUCUCUGUCUCUGUCCUGCGUGGUCACGCUGCCGGAGCUGCUGCACCGCUGGUGUUCUGCCCGGCUGGCCAAGGAGCGUCUGCGCAGCUUCAGGAAGAGACACCCCCCCACUGAUAGACAGAGCCCCGCCCCCCAGCACACACCUGCACCGGCCCCUGCUCCUGCACCUCCUCAGGAAGCUCCGCCCCUCACAGAAGAGGCUGCAGAACCUGAGCUGGUUGUUUCAGGCCACAGUGAGGGUUCACCUCACACUGAGGUGCACACAGCUGACACACACACACACACUCAGCCCUCAGCAGACACACACACUCCACACAGCCUCCUCCUGGAGCCCAGCAGGACCUCCUCCCUCCCUCCUCACAGCAUGUCAGACGCUCAGAGCUCCCUGCUGCAGCCCACCUUGUUCCAGGAGAAGUUUCCUUCUGAGAAAGAUGUGGCCCUGGACCCCGUCCCCACACCCCCCCUCCAAGCCGUCUCGGUACCAGAGACCCAGCAGGCCAGCAGUACCCCCCUCACUCCUUCUGUCAGCUCCCCUCCACCUCCAGCUGCUGAGAAACUCUCCUCCAGCCUGCUGGCUCCUGUUGUGACUCCUCCCACUGACCUCCUGACUCCUCCCACUGAGCUGCCAGCAGCCCUCCCACCCACCGACAUCCACACAGAUUCACCUAGUGGGACCACACAGACCCCCCCAGCUCAGGGGGAGCAGGGGGACCCCCUCACACAGACAGAGCUCCAUCAGGGGGAGGAGUCAGUGGAGGGGGACCUGCUAAAUGCUAACGCUAACCAGCGCUCAGCUACAGACUUCUAUGCAGAGCUACAGAACGGACUGGAUUCUAACGGUGGGGCAGGAAACGGAGGCUCGGUUCACGGCUCCAGUCAGAAGGAGAGCGUCUUCAUGAGGCUGAACAACAGGAUCAAAGCUCUGGAGAUGAACAUGAGUCUGUCCAGCAGAUACCUGGAGGAGCUGAGCCAGAGAUACCGUAAACAGAUGGAGGAGAUGCAGAAAGCUUUUAAUAAAACCAUCAUAAAGCUGCAGAACACCUCCCGCAUCGCCCAGGAGCAGGACCAAAAGCAGACCGAGUCCAUCCAGGUCCUGCAGAGCCAGCUGGAGAACAUCACUAAACUGAUGCUGAACCUCACAGCGACAGUGAGCCGGCUGCAGGGAGAGGUGUCAGACCGUCAGAGCUACCUGCUGGUCUCUGUGGUUCUGUGUGUGUUUCUGGGGCUCCUGCUGGGUCUGCAGUGCUGCCGCAGCUCAAGUCCAAGCCCCAAAACCACCACCGUGGCCCUCCCCAAGAGCAACCACUACCCCAGCCCCAAGAGAAAAAACGUGGCAAGACAAAGUCCCUGGACAAAGUUGAGACCCUCAAACCGUUGAAUUGCUCUUUGACCCUCACAAACAAAAACCUGAAGUGUAAUGGCCUCCACCCAAGCCUCCCUGUGCCUCCUCCCCCCGCCCUACCUGCCCCCCCUCCUCUUCUUCCUCUGCCCCCUCCAAACGAAGCGUCGUUACCUUCAGAGAGCAGCAGCUGCAGCUCAUCCACCUAUUCAGAGGAGUCGUACCCGAGCCACCUGCCUCUGCCCUCCCCCCUCUUCCCCCCCGCCGGCGUGUGCAACGGCCUCAGCCUGUCCUUCCCCCUCAGUCAGCCCCUGGCCAGGUCCAGUCAGGAGAAGCCCUCCACGAAGAGGCGGCGGUCCCGGCAGCCGGAGCUGCAGUUCCCUCCUGAGCCGGGGGAAGGCCUGGGYUCUCUGCCCAGCCUGCAGCAGCUCCUGAAGGGGAACAAGGAGCUCGGUGUGGGGACCAGGACCAUGGGGGUGACGGCCGUCACCGGACACAUUUGACACUUCGCUCUCUCACACCACCUUCUGUUCACUUUACAGCAGCAGGCCUGUGUGGACAGUUUGUUCUGAGGAAUCCCAAAGAACURUGUUUCCCCUGAGCCCCACUGGACCCAGGUAGAGUCAUCAGCUUCAGGUGGACCUGACGCUGCCCCUGUCCACUCCUGUCAAACAGCUGUUUACAGUUAUGUGCCUUUCUUUCUGUGUGAAACUGUAAAGGUUUAGAGAAUGGUUGAUGUGUAGAGAAGCACAUCUGAAACAAGGCCUCCAUCAGAAGCUGCUGUUUUCUUCUGAUAAGCACAUUGAGUGACCCUCUGUGAGCACAUGAUGAGGUCUGACCUCAGCCCAUCGUUCCUUCAAGUGUUAGGCUUCUGUUUGAGCUGUGAGAGAGCUGUGGAGCUUCUGUUAAAGGGAUCCCMGACUAGUGCUAACAUUAGACUUUAUUUCAUAAACAUAUACUUUAACUGUAAAAUAAAAACUGUAAAAAUACUGUAGGCUGUUCAGUUUUUAUCAUUUUUAAACUAAAA